UACUAAUAGGUGUUGUCCUAUGUUCGUAGCUUGCUAAUACCUGACCAUUAAACGACCGACUUUACGCUUCACUGUGGCCUAGUUAGACGCCAGUAUAACUUGUGGCUACAUAUACCAAAAUGGCAGUUUUCAAAGUACUUUUGAGCUGGAGUGCUCCCGUGCUUACGUUUGUGUUCUGUCUGAUUUUCAUUGCGUUUCUUGGUUACUGCUUAUAUAUUACACAUAUCCAUAUGAAAUAUGACCACAUACCUGGGCCGCCGAGAGAGAAUUUUUUCCUCGGACAUUCACCGACGUUUUUGAGGGUAACGGCAAAUGACGGAAUUGUACACGACAAGUUUCUGGAAUGGGCCGAUAAACAUGGGCCUGUUUGUAAGUUAAAUUUUCUGCAUUACGUCACACUCUAUGUCUCCUGUCCAGAGGCGACCAAAGAAAGCUCCGAAAUCCUGAUGUCCCCAAAGUACCCCAAAGGUAGAUUGACAUACAAGAUAAUCUUCAACCUAUUUGGUCAAAAGUUCCUUGGUAAUGGCCUGGUAACAGCACAGGAACACGAGCAGUGGUAUAAACAUUGCCGAAUCAUGGACCAUGCGUUCAGCAGCAUGUAUUUGAUAGGUCUAACCAGCACCUUCGGUGAGAGGGCAGAGAAACUGAUGAAUAAACUUGCAGACAUUGCUGAUUGAAAAACAGAGGCCAACAUGCUCCAGCUAUUCAACCAUGUUACCCUUGAUGUUAUUGCUAAGGUUGCUUUUGGUGUGGAUUUAGACCUGCUGAAGAAUGGGUCAACCCUACCUAAAGCCAUCGAAAAAUGUCUGAAAGGCACGGAAUAUAAUAUCCGAGACUACUUUUUUGAGUUCAAGCCAAAGAACAGACAGUUAAUUAAUGAAGUGAGGGAAGCAUGCCGCCUGCUGCGCACAACUGGAGCUCAGUGGAUCCAUACAAGAAAGACUGCCAUGCAAAACGGCGAUUAUGUCCCCAAGGACAUCCUCACGCAAAUCAUCAAAACAAAGUUGGCAAAGGAAAGCAUUACUAAAGAUGAUGAAGAGUUAAUGUUGGACAAUUUUGUGACAUUCUUCAUUGCGGGGCAAGAAACAACAGCUAAUCAACUUGCUUUUUGCACCAUGGAACUGGCAAGACAUCCUGAUAAUAAAAAUAAUAAUGUAGGGAGAAAACAUUUUAUAAUAUAGCUGUUGAAGGAUGCUUUCUCAAAUUGUGUUUUGUUUCUCAGAUUGAGGAAAGAGGUGGAUGAUGUCAUUGGGAUGAAAUUGGACAUAAGCUUUGACAACCUGGGGGAACUGACCUACCUCUCACAGGUUCUAAAAGACACUCUGAGGAGUUAUCCGACAGCUCCAGGCACAUCUCGUGAUAUACUUGAAGACAUGGUCAUUGACGGUAUCCACAUACCUGGAGGAGUCAACAGUAUUUUCAGCUCCUAUGCGACUGGGAGAAUGGACAAAUUCUUCAAGGACCCACUGACAUUUGAUCCAGACAGAUUUCACCCAGAUGCUGCCGAGCCUUAUUACUGCUAUUACCCCUUUGCUCUUGGUCCACGCUCAUGUCUAGGACGGAACUUUGCUCAGAUGGAGGCUAAAGUGGUGCUGGCCAAGCUGCUGCAGAGGUGUGAUUUCACCCGUGUCCCUGGACAGACCUUUGACAUUUUGGACACUGGCACACUCAGGCCGAAGAGCGGAGUGGUGUGCACUCUCAGACACAGAAAUUACAAGAAAUAGAUGGCCACACAGUACCAUAACGUGAGAAGAAGCCAUAAUUGUCCAUGUGGAGAAAUUGGGUUUUUGAGUUGCCCAGACUGGCUUUCUGCCUUAAAGCCAAAAACCUCUUAUGCUGCCAGGUUGUUUUAUUACUUUUUCUGUCAAUUGUUUUUUUAUCCUUUGUAAAGAAAAUAUAUCAUGCUCUAAUGAAAUACAAGUCAUAUUCAUAUGAAAUGGUUAAAAUGAUCAUAAUUUUUAUUUCCUAACAGUAAUGGGGAUACGGGAAAAAACAAAUCAGUCACUUUUUGAGUAGGUUACAGUAUCAUAAGCACUUUUGUCUGCUAGAACUAACUCUUUAGUUCUGUGUAAUUGCUGUUCCUUUAACAUUAUUAUACAAUAAUGAAUAUACCAUUUUUCGUAAAUAUAAAUAAACCACACAAGAAAAUUUAACACAUUUUUACACACCUUUUAUUUUACUAAUGUAGAGAUCGUUUAUAUUAUGUUUAUCACUUUAAUAUACGGAUGAUGCAUUCAAUUUCAUUUCGUGCUCAGUUUGCGGUGCAGUUUUUGUACUCAGCCUUCUGUUUUUGGCCAUUACUGACUGUACACAAGAGGGUGCUGUGACCUCGCAAAGAGAUCUCAAGCAUACGUGUUAAACUAUAAUUUUCGUAGAACACUCACUCAUCUAAACUUUAUUUGUUUAGAUGAGAUUGUUAUAAUUUUAUGUAGUAAGAUAAGGUUGUUAAGUGGUGAACCAGGUUGUAAUAGAAAGCUGAUAUCAAUACAUGGGCGCUUAAAGUUUUUCAUUUUGAAACAGUAUGGUAAUUGAGUCAAUUACUUACACAAUGCUUUGAUAAUGCUUAAAGAUUAACAAAGAAACAUUUUAACUAGCAUUUAUUACAAAGGUCGGUAACAGUUAAAUUGAUUGAUAUAAUAAGUUGGAAAACACCAAAUCUUGUAAUAAAUGUGUUGAAAUGUGAUAACAGAAUAUCAUUUAUUAUUUAAUUU